AUGCCAUCUCGCCACUCUCCGCCUGAUAUCGCGCCGUUGCAACCGACGGCGGUUAGCAACAACCAUCACCGGUUACACACUCUUCCUCUUAUCAUCGCCGGUUCUCUGAUCUUAACCGGAGCUCUACUCAUCCUCUUCACUAUACUUCUCUACCGGAAACUCUACCGUAACCGUACGGCUCCUUCAGAUCUCAUCUCCAAGUCUCCUCAACACUACCAAUGCCGCCGAUUCUCUUACUCUCAGCUCCGCCGCGCAACAAACUCGUUCUCCGAGUCGACUCAGCUCGGCCACGGCGGAUUCGGGUCCGUCUACAAAGCUGAUCUCCCCAGUGGCAAUUCCCUCGCCGUCAAAGUCAUGGACUCCUCCGCUGGGUCUCUACAAGGCGAGCGUGAGUUUCACAACGAGCUUUCUCUCUCCUCUCACCUAAUCGGAUCGCCACACGUCGUCUCUCUCCUCGGAUUCUCCUCCGAUCGCCGUGGCCGGCGGCUGAUACUCGUCUACGAGCUCAUGGCUAAUCGUAGCUUACAAGACGCGCUCUUGGAUCGGAAAUGUGAGGAGCUUAUGGAUUGGAACAAGAGAUUUGAGAUUGCGACGGAUAUCGCAAAGGGGAUCGAGUUUCUUCACAGCUGUUGCGAUCCGCCCAUCAUCCACGGUGAUAUUAAGCCUAGUAACAUCCUUCUCGAUUCUGAUUUCAAAGCCAAAAUCGGAGAUUUCGGUCUCGCGAGGGUAAAGUCGGACGAUUUAGUUAGUGGCAACGAUACUAGGAUUCUGAUUGAGGAAGAGGAGAAGAGAAUUGACGUUGGUGAUGAUAAUGGGUCGAUUCUGGAGGAGACGGAGAGCGUGAUUACUGUGUUUGAAGAUGGUAACGCUGUGAAUCUCUCGCCGGAGACUGGAGCGUCUCCGGGGGCGGGAUCGGUGCUUUCGCCGGAGACUUGUGCGGUUAGCGUCCUGACAGCGUCUUCGGGAGCAGUGACGGGGUUGUCUCCGGAAGUGGGUUUGGAGAAAGGGAGUGUUUCGGAGAGCUGUUUGGAGCAGAUGAGUGUGGAGAGUAGUAGUAAGCAGAAAGUGGGUUCGAGGAGAGAUUGGUGGUGGAAGCAGGACAACAAUGGCGGAAGCAGAGGAGGGAUUGAGUCAGGGAGUGUGAAGGAUUACGUCAUGGAAUGGAUCGGGAGUGAGAUUAAGAAAGAGAGUGAUAACAACAAGGAGUGGGUGAAAAAUGGUGAUGGGUCAUCAUCAGUCACUAAGAAGAAGAAGAAAGAGAAGAAGAGAAAGCCUAGAGAGUGGUGGAAGGAAGAGUUUUGCGAGGAGCUCACUAGAAAGAAGAGGAAAAAGAAGAAGAAGAAGAAGAAAAGAGGGUUAAGCUCAAUCUCAAGUAUUGACUCUUGGUUUCACAGAGACGAUGGUGAUGAUGCCGCCUCUGUUCAUGAUCAGAGUCAUAACCCUUGCAAGAGGAAGAAGAGGAACAGUAUAGAUUGGUGGGUGGAUGGGUUAAGCGGAGAGCUAAAAUCAGUCAUUGGUAAGAAAAACAGUCAAGAUUCUGGUUUGUGGUGUGAUGUGAAUGUUCAGAAGAGCGGUGGAGUAAGCAGCACGCCGAGUAUGAGAGGUACGGUGUGUUACAUUGCACCGGAAUGUGGCGGUGGAGGUGUCUUGUCUGAGAAAUGCGAUGUGUAUAGUUUUGGUGUUCUGCUUUUGGUUCUUGUCUCCGGGAGACGGCCGUUGCAGGUGACUGCAUCGCCUAUGUCGGAGUUUGAGAGGGCUAAUUUGAUAUCAUGGGCUAAGCAAUUGGCUUGCAAUGGUAAAUUGUUGGAGUUGGUUGAUAAAUCUAUUCAUUCUUUGGAGAAAGAGCAAGCGGUUCUUUGUAUUACUAUUGCAUUGUUGUGUCUGCAAAGAUCUCCGGUUAAGAGACCGACGAUGAAGGAGAUUGUUCAGAUGCUUUCAGGUGCGGCUGAGCCACCACAUUUGCCGUUUGAGUUUUCACCGUCGCCGCCUAUGGGUUUUCCGUUUAAGUCAAGGAAGAAAGCACGGUGA